GGUGAAGAUAAGUAUAUAUAAAAACCGUAUGUGAUCGAAGCAGAUUCUGAUAUUCAAUCGAUAUUCUGUACGUCUAUAUAACGUGCAUGCGACACAGUGUGUAUAAUCAAGCUAGCAAGCCAUGGAAAUCAGAACACUAGCAAUUUUCACUCCAUUUGGCAUUGUAUUCGUCUGCACAGGCAUCAUCGUUAAUCUCAUCCAAGCCGCUUGCUUUCUUAUUAUUCGGCCUGUAUCGAAGAAUUUGUUCAGGACAAUCAAUGGAGCUGUUGCAGAAAAUUUUUGGUUACUGAUCGUUUGGGUUCUGGAUUGGUGGUCAGGAUUCAAGGUUCAAUUGUACACAGAUAUGGAAACUUAUCGAUUAAUAGGCAAAGAACAUGCAUUUCUCAUGCCAAAUCACAUGUGUGAUACCGAUAUACUAAUGAUGUGGCUUCUAGCUCAGCGCUUCAGUUGCCUUCGUAGUGCACUAAUGGUUGUGAAGAAAUCUUCAAAAUAUCUUCCAAUUUAUGGCUGGGCAAUUUGGUUCUUCGGGUUUGUUUUUCUGGAUCGAAGCUGGGAAAAAGACGAACAAAAACUAAAGUCAAGUUUCCAGGAGCUAGAGGAUUUUCCUAGGCCUUUUUGGCUAACUAUGUUUGUCGAGGGAACUCGAAUGACCCCAGAUAAGCUGUUGGACGCUCAAGAGUUUGCUGCUUCAAGAGGGUUGCCUGUGCCUAGAAAUGUCCUUAUCCCUCGCACCAAGGGUUUUGUUGCAGCAGUAAAAUAUAUGCGCUCCUUUGUUCCAGCAGUUUAUGAUAUUACAGUGGCUGUUCCGAAAGGUCAUGCUGUUCCUUCUUUACUGAGUGUUUGUAAGCGGCAACCUUCCGAGGUUAAAAUGCACAUAAAGAGAUAUUCAAUGAAGGAAUUGCCGGAAUCAGAUGCUGCCAUUGCUCAAUGGUGCAGGGAUAGAUUUGUGGAAAAGGAUGCAAUGUUGGAAAAGUUUCGAGCUGAGGGAAGAUUUGGGGACCAAAAAAUUCCAGAUGCUGGCCGGUCCUUGAAGGCAGUUCUUAUCCUCAUCACUUGCUCCUGUAUGACUUAUUUUGGCAUCUACAAAUUCUGUAAAAUGUUUUCCCUGCUAUCCACAUGGAAAGGAAAUGGGAUUUUAGCAGGUGGAUUGGCCAUGGUGGUGCUCGUUUUGCACAUCUUUUUUGAAUACACAAAGUUGCCUCAGAGAGCACUCGUUGCUGCUGAAACAAAUGGGAAAAAAAAACUGAACUAGAAUAAUAUAUAUGCUAACUGCCUCACCAUAUAUAUGCAAUUCAUGAGAAUCCUAAUUUUCAUGUAAAGCAUACAAUGAUAUAGAUGGAGCUACCUGCAAACCUCUGGCUGUUUCAUUUUUGUACCUCGUUGGAAUAAUAUGCAUGGUUUUAUUCUAUAUAUGCCUUGGUACCGUGAAUAA